GCGGGCGCCGGUGGCCUUAAGGGCGGCGGAGGCUCUCACUGUCCCAGUCGGCCUGUCAGCCGGCUUGGAGGCGCGCUCAGGCGCUCGCGCGGUGACGGCGGCCAUGGCGGCGGAGGAGGAGGAGGUGGACUCGGCGGACACCUGCGAGAGGUCAGGAUGGCUAACUGGUUGGCUUCCCACGUGGUGCCCUACAUCUACAUCACACCUUAAAGAAGCUGAAGAGAAAAUUUUAAAAUGUGUCCCCUGCACAUACAAAAAAGAACCUGUUCGUAUAUCUAAUGGAAAUAAAAUAUGGACACUGAAGUUAUCUCAUAAUAUUUCAAAUAAGACUCCACUUGUCCUCCUCCAUGGUUUUGGAGGUGGACUUGGACUCUGGGCACUGAAUUUUGGAGAUCUUUGCACCAAUAGGCCCGUCUAUGCUUUUGACCUGUUGGGCUUUGGACGAAGUAGUAGGCCCAGGUUUGACAGUGAUGCGGAAGAAGUGGAGAAUCAGUUUGUGGAAUCCAUUGAAGAGUGGAGAUGUGCCCUAGGACUGGACAAAAUGAUCUUGCUUGGACACAACUUGGGUGGGUUCUUGGCUGCUGCUUACUCACUGAAGUACCCAUCAAGGGUUAAUCAUCUCAUUUUGGUGGAGCCUUGGGGUUUUCCUGAGCGACCAGACCUUGCUGAUCAAGAUAGACCAAUCCCCGUGUGGAUCAGAGCCUUGGGAGCGGCAUUGACUCCCUUUAAUCCUUUAGCUGGCCUCAGGAUUGCAGGACCCUUUGGUUUAAGUCUAGUGCAGCGUUUAAGGCCUGAUUUCAAACGGAAGUAUUCGUCAAUGUUUGAAGAUGACACGGUGACAGAGUACAUCUACCACUGUAAUGUGCAGACUCCAAGGCCAUUCUUGGGGCAGGGCAUUAUGUGUAUGCAGAUCAACCAGAAGACUUCAACCAGAAAGUAA